GCGGCUGCUAGGGCUCGCGGCCGUCAACCUGGCGCUUGAGGCGGCCGUCGAGGCGGGCGCGUCGCUCGGCGUCGCCGCGCUGUUCCAGAUCCCCGCCGUGUUCCGCACGUCGACCACCCUCCCGCUGCCCUGGCAGAUGGUCAAGCACGUCGCGCUGCUGUUCGCCGCCCGCGAGGUCCUGACCUACUACAUCCACCGCCACGUGCUGCACGGCCAGCCGCUGUCGCCGACGGUGCCCACGUGGAAUCUGCGCCAGAAGCAGGCGUCAAAGACGCACAAGAAGAAACUCGGCGGUGGCGGCGGCCACGGGCGCAUCGCCACGAUGCACGACGGGUGCGCGCACGCGCACGCCACGCCCUUCUCGCUCCUGCUCAUGGCCGACCACCCGCUGCCGUUCCUGCUGCACCGCUUCGUGCCGCUGUACGUGCCGGCGCUGGUCGUGUCGCUGUGGUCGUCGUCUUCUCUCUCGCUGACCAGCAUCUUCAGCCGCAACAGCGGCAACUUCCUGAGCAACACGUUCCUCAGCAGCGACAGCGGCGGCCUGCACAUCCUAACGUACCUGCUCUUCGUGGGGCUGUGCACGGCCGAGGAGACUUUGGCCAUGUCGGGCUACACGGUGGUGCCGGGCAUAAUCCUCGGAGGCAUUGCGCGGCGCAAUGCGCUGCACUACGCGCGGCCGGGCGCGGGCAACUUCGGCUGCUGGGGGGUGCUGGACUGGGUGCACGGCACCAGCCUCGGCAAGGACGUCAUGGCUGACUUGCACGACGAGGCCGAGAAGCACAACCUGAAAGGCAGGAGUGCGCGCGCGGCCAGCGGCGCCGGAAACAUGGUCACAGAUGGCAUAGACGGGCUGCGCCGCAGCGCGAGGUCGUCCAAGGGCCGGCGGAGGAGCGCAAAAGGGAAUAACAGCGAGAGCGAUUAGUGAUCUCAUCGAUGCUACUCUCUGCUCAUUCCUCUCCACCGUAUCCCACAAACGGUCGUUGGGCCUCUUUUCCUCCUGUUCUCUCUCUCUCUCUCUCUCU